GCGACCAUUGACAGUAAACAAAUUGUGGCUACUCAUUGGUGCUGUAACCGAGACACGGCUGAAGGAAGCGAGAAGCAGCGAGAUGUCUGAGGAGGAGCAACAAGCCAAGAAGGUGCUGGAGGAGGUGCCUGACCCAGACCUUGAUAAUCUGUUGGAUGAUGCCAUACAAGACUUCAACAGGCCUCAGCUCCCUAAACCAGCUCCUGUGGGAGACUUGGCCUCAAAGGUAGCAGCUAUGGGCAUCGGGGCAGCUACGUCAGCGGGGACAGAUGGGGCGGCCGGAAACGUGUGGACGGAGGAGUUCAUUCAACAAGCCACAUCAAAUUUUGAGCAGACGAUGAGAGCCAUUAUGGAACAGCAACAAGGAAGUGGUGGUGUGCAGAAGCCUGCCACAGAAGGUCCAGAAGAGGACACUACUGGAGGUGCCCAACCAUUUGAUUUAUCUGCCAUGUCUGCUCAGUUUGCCAAGUUUGCUGAAGCUGCCUCUAAAACUACCUCUGAAGCCCCACCUGGUGCUGACUUUGUCCAGUGCCUCGAUGAUACGAUGAAGCAACUCAGUCAAAACAACGAACAGCUUCAGGAUCCACCUUCAGGAGAUGACCUCAGUAAGAUGUUUGAGAACCUAGGUCUGAUGGGGGACCAGGAAGGAGAUGGAGCAGUGGGUGGCCUUUUCCCUCUGAUGCAGGUCAUGCUAGAAAACAUCCUCUCAAAAGAAGUAUUGUAUCCCUCCAUGAAGGAGAUAACUGAUAAGUAUCCAGAUUGGCUUGCUGACCAUCGUAGCAGUUUACCUGAGGAGGAAUUUACACGAUACAACAAGCAGUAUGAUGUUAUGAAGCAAGUAGUGCAGCUGUAUGAGGAAGAGCAAGAAAAAGACUCGGAUGAGGCCAGAGGACAACGGUUUGAGAAGAUCAUGCAGUUGAUGCAGAAGCUGCAGGAGAUGGGUCAGCCACCAAAGGAGCUGGUGGGAGACAUGGGCCCAAUGCUCAACUUUGAUGAAGCCGGAAACCCAGUGUUGCCAGAUGUGUCUGCACUUCUUGGUGCUGCUGGCCUCCCUGGUAGUGGACCAGCAGCCACAGGUGCUUCGGGUCAACAGCCAGCGGAUGGGGAACAGUGUAGCCUCAUGUGAUGGACAUAAUGACAGCCCCUACUAGUGAGUGCAGCAUUUCUUAUUCACUUUUGAAGUGUCAUAAUGAUUAGAAUUGACUUUAUAAGAUAGUACAGUAUAAAAUAUUAACCCUCUCAACCUUGGAGUCUCAGACACAUACGUGCAUGAAAACUUACGCUCAGCCUCGGAGGUUUUUGCCAAAAAAUCAUAGAUUUUUUGUCUGUCAAAUGACAUCCAAAGUUCAGUCAGUUUCACUGAAUAGUUUUUGAGUCAUUUGAAAAUAUAGCCCAUUAGAUGCCACGUUGGCGUCGCGAGGCUGAGUGUAAGUUUUUUCGCCUUUUAUGUUCGACGCCGCGAGGCUGAGAGGGUUAGGCUCAAAGCUUUUGAGGCGAACAUUAUUUGCCUUAUAGCAUGUUUGUACAGCUUAAUGUAAAUUAUUAGUGGAUAACAGUUUACUCUUAUUGAAUUACUAAACCAGAGUAUAUAGUAGUCAUUUUGUAUGUAUUAAUAAGUAUAAUUUUCAAGUACUGUACUGUACCUUGCUGAGUUUAUGAUAGAAAAAUCAGUUUGUAUGAUGUAUUUAGGUCAUACCAUCAUGGAAGUGUGCAUUAGGGUGUGUUUGUUGCCUUAGUCACUGAAGAUCACAAGUUGGUCAAAUUCACCAACUGAUAACUGCCGUAUGAGGUAUAUAUUACAGUUUACUGUUCUCUCACACAACCUCACCAUGAUAUCAGUUCUUCAGUGAUGUGUUGAAAACUGCUUUCAUACUAUUAUUACUUUAUAACAUUGUUUGUCCUUCUAAUAUAAACAAACUUAGUUUAUGGUAAUUUUUAUAACUAUGCAUUAGACAUAAUAAUAGUAGUGUGUAAUUUCAGAAUUUCUGGAAAAAAAUAGCUUUAAACAUCAGAUACUGAUCCAUUUUAAAUGUCUUUCUUACAUUACCCUAAAGCGAGGAUGGCACAUGAUGGAUGGUGGAGCACAACCACUGUCAUUAUCACGGUCUAUCUUAUGUGCUGUGUGCUGUACAGUAUAAAUUUCUGCAGAUCAUUAUAUUACCAAGUUGUCCAAGUCUUUCUGAAUUGGCAUAGAUUGGUGAUGUUUAAUAAACAUACACAGUAUGCAAUCUAAUGUGGACACUCUAAAACUACAGAGACCUAUACUGAACUGUACAGGGUGUUGCUUAUAAGUGGAUCCAUUGGGAGUAGGUAUAGUAAUAAAGAUUAAAAAGGUUAUUGUCUGUAAUCUGAGAACAACUGUCAUUAAAGUCUGUAGCUGUCAGUCUCAAGUUACAGACAAUAUCUUCAACAUAAUUAGGUAAAAAUAUUAAAAAAUGCAUGAGAAAAGUAAAAAAAAAUACUGUGAAUAAAGGUACCAAUAACCUUAAAAUCCCAAUGGUUCCACUUAUAUGCAACACCCUGUAGAUGAUGGUCAUGUGAUCUUGAUCAAUAUCUACUUUGUCACACUAGUAAAAUGGUACCCCCAAGAAACACUAUAAAGCCACAACCUUCAUUCUUUCCAUAUCUAAAUAAAGUGUAGUUUUUCACAGUCUGUAAAUGACAGUUUUUUGCUUAUAUGGAGAAACAGUACCUAGUCAAAUAUUCAGCUACAAAUGUUUCCAGGUUGCUUUUGGUCCUAAAUAUAUCUGUAGAGAUUGUCAGACUGAAAUAUUGAGGACAUUUCCAAAGUGAGGUGGAAGGGUUAAAAUUUUGAAUGGAGAAUAUAUUGUAGUUCCCAAAUGAGUUUCCAGUCUCACAAACUGCUGUUAUGACCAAGAAAGGUAUCCUGUACCUUACUCUUGUAUGGUUAUCACAAUGUUUACUAUGUGAAUUUAAGGAUGUCAUCCACAAGUAACUAUCUCCAUGCAUUUUCAUAAGACUACUGUACCUCUUACUGAACUGAAUUUGUAUUAUAAAACUAAGGGUCAACGUUUUCUUUACCAGGUACAGUACUUGUAUUUCAUGUUUUCUGCUGUUCCUGUUUAAUAUUUCUGUUGCGUUAGUUAUCAGUAUCAGCUAGGCUGUCUUUUGAAGCUUUAGGGUGGUGUGUGCAAUUACAUAAACCUUGAGUAAGAUAAUUUAACCCCAUAAGCAUGAUAACUGAACCCCUUGAGAAAAAUGACUUAUAUCUUGAAUACUGCCACACAGUAGAAACAACAAGAAUGUAAUAGUGACUACAGUAAUAAUAUAUUGUUCAUGUAUGGACGUGGUGAAAGGACAGGGAAUAUUCUCUCUUCCAAUUUCACCAGGAAAUCUCGCCAGCACACUGAUGCUUUUGGAAUUUUAACCCACAUUUUAUUUCUGUUUUGAAUUUGAUUUGAACCUUAGGAAAGUACAGUACAAAAAUUUACAUUGGGGAGUGGAGCAGCUGAGUAGUGUUAGUAGACUUUGCCUUCUUCUCCCCCCCACAUAUUACACUGCUCUUCACACCCACCUAGCCUGACACCAAUCAACCUUCCACUGAUUCAUUUAUACCUUUGUUGUAUACUCUAUCUUGAAUUUCCAUACUGAAUUGUAAAAUAAUUGAAAUGCUGAAAUUUGCCUAAGAGAGUAGAGCUUUCAUUGUGAUAAAUCUUUGCAGACCUUAAAGUGUCCUUAUGUUUACUGCUAUUUGAUGUUUUAACUGGAAAUAUAGUAAAAUCCAAUUUUUACAUGUAUACUGUAUUAUUAUUUAUUUACUGUAUAAACAUGUAUUGUGGUUUUAAUGGUUUUAAUAGUCAAUAUUACCCGUAACUGGCCUGUUAGGUUAGCCUUUGUAACCAACUUCAUCUCAAAGUUGUGAGAAGAUAUUUGUGGAAAUGAUUUUCUGUGUUUAGUUCAGUACAGUAAAACAAAUAAUGAAAAGGAGCUCAUAGGCCUGGCAGCUUGUUAGGGGUACACAGAUAUUGCACUCUGAACACUAAGCCUUCAGUACAGGAUAUGAUCCCUAUGUCCAUUCUACAGAUGUGAUGCACACUCAAUAUGUUAUAUAGACUGUAAUUGGAAGUUUACUGCAAUUUUACCUUUUCAAGUAGAUUGUCAUAUUAAAUUAUCUCUUAUUAUGAAGUUUAAGAUUAGUACUGUAGCAUCUUCAAAACAUACUCCCCCAGAUGCUUUGUUAGUGCAGUACAGUAUGCUGAUACUGUACAGUGCAAUACUUGUUUCAUCUAUAAUUAAAGAGUGGAAACAUUUUAUAACACACAUUAACUCUCUGCUCAAAUUAUAAUUUUAAUAAGUUAAUCACCAAGACCUCCAGAUGAGGAGUUGAAAAUUUUUAUCAAUAUCUUUAGUGGCUAUAGUUCCUUGAAACAUAAAAUUUAGUGGCUAUAGUUCCUUGAAACAUCAAGUUUAGUGGCUACAGUUCCCUAAUACAUCAAGUUUAGUGGCUAUAGUUCCCUGAAACAUCAAGUUUAGUGGCUACAGUUCCCUGAAACAUCAAGUUUAGUGGCUACAGUUCCCUAAUACAUCAAGUUUAGUGGCUAUAGUUCCCUGAAACAUCAAGUUUAGUGGCUAUAGUUCCUUGAUACAUCAAGUUUAGUGGCUAUAGUUCCCUCAAACAUCAAGUUUAGUGGCUACAGUUCCCUCAAACAUCAAGUUUAGUGGCUAUAGUUCCCUCAAACAUCAAGUUUAGUGGCUACAGUUCCCUGAAACAUCAAGUUUAGUGGCUACAGUUCCCUCAAACAUCAAGUUUAGUGGCUAUAGUUCCCUCAAACAUCAAGUUUAGUGGCUACAGUUCCCUGAAACAUCAAGUUUAGUGGCUACAGUUCCCUCAAACAUCAAGUUUAGUGGCUACAGUUCCCUCAAACAUCAAGCACUUGCCUCUAUAACAGGUCUUAAAAUUAAUGGUGCAAUAUAUUGUGAAAACAUUAAGUUCGACCUUUCAUAAAACACUUGACCUCCCUCACAGCAGCUUCUACAAUUUCUAUAUGUUUUGUGCAGUGUAAAGAAAACUGAACUCUGAGUGGAUGUUCUUAAUAAUGAAUGGGGUGAGAAGUGGUCCUCCCUAUUUCUUUGACGUUUCUAGUCAUUAUUAAGCUAAUGUUGUUAUAACCAGAUUGUAUUGUCAGUAGUUGUAAGGUCUUUAGAUUGUUUUGAACAUAGAAUUUUCUGUAGAAGAUAACUCUAAUACAACUGUACUUUAACUCCUAAAAUAUUGGCAUAACCAAAGUCUGCCCAACCUACCCACCCACUGCACAGUAUACAGUACUAUAUCCUCUGUUUAUGUCGGUCUUAAUUACCGGUAUUUCAUUUCCCUUAAACAUCACUGACAUUUCCUGUUUCAGUGAGUAAGUAGGGCUGUCUUGAAUAAUUUUUUAAUAUAUAUUUAAUGAGAAAUAAGAGAUAUGAAAAAACGUUUGCUUGUGGCAGCAUCUAUGCUCUGGUCACCUGUUUUGUUACUGACCGGUGCCAAUAAUUCACAUCUUCUUAACUUAAUUGUUGUUUACCUUUGAUAACUAUGUAACAGUUAGACAUCUAAUUUCAAAUGUUUAACACAUCCCAACAUAAAUAAAUGUCUCACUGUAUUGGCAGGUGUUUGGUCAUUUUUAAAUGUAAUACUUUGCUGUAUAUUGUCAAUCUUUCAUGGGCAAAUAAAAUACAGGGGUAUAAUGUUUUCCAUGAAUAAAAAUAAAUAUUUAAGCAGUUCAAAGUAAGUAUAGUACUGUACAGUACUCUGCAGCACAGGUCACCCAUUAAGAUGCUGAGCACACCUAGGGCAUGUAAGAACACUACUGGUUGUUAGAAAAAUGACUCACGCACACACACGCAUGCACGCACACAGACACCUCUCUUUUUGCACUGUCACUAUGUUGAAAUGCCCUGUAGUAUGAGUUUCUCCCCACCUAGUCAUUAUAUAUCAUAUUUGUAACACUUAUGUCACUUGUAUAUUAUUUGUAAAUCAAAAGACCCAUUCCCCCAUUAUGCAACUAUAUUUUCAGCCUUCUGGCUGCCAUGCUCUUUCAAUAAACUGUUAAUUGUUAUAAUUAUUACGCACACACACACACACACUGUGUAUAGUGGAAGCAUACAGGCUUUUUAAAAGCCCAGAUACCCCUGUGAGUCGCAGAUGUUGGCAAUUUUUCACUUGAAUGUAAAAAAAUUUUAGCUGUUAGGCCCCUGCUUUCAGCGCGUCACGUGGUGGCACUCUAAGGAUUUUCUUGUUUUAAUUAAGAGAUAUGUGUGUGGAUGAAUGUGUAUAAUUAUAUUCAUCAGUGACGGGCAUGGUGGAUUGGAUGUUAAGAGAGACUCCCAGGUUGUUCAAAUCCUGUCUAUUUAAGGAACACCACAUGCAGACACCCCUGUCCCCGCCAGACUAAUGGAAAAACCAGAUUUUUCCUGCUGACGUUCCAACGGGCUGCUGUUGACUCAUUGGUUUUUAUUGAGUGGGUACAUAUACAUAAACAUAAUACAUAAAUAAUUGAAAUUGCACCUCCCAAUGGUAUGGUGUUAUUCGUUGGGUGUGUUGACGCUAAGUUGGCUAGUGCGUUCUGUGUUGGUGCAGUGUGGACAUAAUCAUAAGAAUUUUAAAGGCAUAGACAUCAAUGAUGGAAUGGAUGAUGGUGAUACAUAUAUACCAAGAUAAAAAAAAAGUGUUGGAGUCUAGCUCUUCGUACACGAAGUUUUCUUUAUUCGAGCGCCCUCAAGUGGGACGUCGGAAACAAGGGUAUGUCACAGGGAACGCAGUAUCUCGGUGGACAGAGCUCUUGGGCAAGGAAAUGGUGGUACCGCCUUGCUUACUGUGUGGCACACGCCCCCAGUGCUCGUCGUGGGCACGUCUGUUAGCUAGCCAGACGCUUGCACCCUGAGGGUUCGCAGGAUCUUAAUUGAACCUCUCUAUGGCCAUGGUGGUGAGGAUAGCAAUGCCUGGGCCUCUGAUCCCCAUUUUUCUGAGCAGUUUGGUGGUGGCGGUGCGAAUGCCACCACGUGCACCGACAGCAGUUCCGAGGAAGGUGAUGUCCCCGACUGGGGUCGCCAGCUCUUUACUGACGAUAUACCUCCUCAAUUGUGCCUCAUACGCCUUGUACUUUUCAAUCUUGACCUGCUCAGCUCUGGAGGGCAUGUUGGUCGCUCUCGUAGGGUAUACACAGGUCCAGCACUGUGUAAUGGCCGUUUUUCUGUAUUAAUAGGUCUGGCUUCACGAAUGUGUGACGUGUUGGUAUUCUGGGCUCGGUCUUGAUGUCAUAUCCCUCUAUCUCGAGCCAUUGGCCGAGCUUUUUGAGGAUCGCAUCGUGUCUCGUGACUCUGUGGUUCUGAGCAGCCUGACAUGACUGCAGCAGGUGCGUUAAGUCUUCCUGCCCUUCUCCACAUCGUCGACAUGUUAGUGUGACAAGCUCCUCGUUUGGUACGCAGCCAAUGGCUCUCGAGACUCGGCACGAGAUGGAUUGUGACCGGAGUCGUAACAGGUCAAUCGGCUUUCUUCCUGGUCCAAGAUAAUUUUUCAAGAUCCCGUUGCAGGCUUGUUUCCUCAAAAAAUUCUCAGCCCCCUUGCCUUGCCAGGAGUUGCUCCAUUCGUCCCUCUUCUUCUCUACAAUUUCCUUCUUCAUCUGGUGUGUGAUGUCGACGCAGAUAUAUUCUACCUCGAAGUGCCAUGCCAUUGCUGCCACCUUCCUCCCCCAGAGACCUUCGGCUGCAAUGAGCCUGACGGCCGGAUCACCGGAGGUCCUAAGGCGGUGAAGCAAUCCCAUCUUCAUGUGGGUUACGCUCUCGACGAGGCUUGGCACUCCCAUUCCCCCAUCCUUCAAAGGUAGGCCUAUUAGGGAUGAAUGAAGAGUAUGAGGAAGGUGAACCCACUGCCUGACUUGUACGUUGAUUUUCUUAUCAAGGCACUUGAGCAGGUUAAGGGAGUUGAGCCUUUCACGUACAUGUACUGAAGCUUAGGGAUGACAUGUUGCUUCAGUAACUUCAGCUUUUGUAGGGGCUUGAGAGGACUCUUGCCAAUCCUGUCCAUGAUGGUCGCCAAUACAGCUUUUUCCAAAUUGACCUGUCGCCCCGGUUUCUCUAGCCAUGAGGGACCCACUCUUAGUCCGAGGUAUUUGACACAUUCAUUAGGCUGGAUGCUCGGAAUGGGUAUUGCUUCGCCAGUGUCUGGGUGUCGUAGGUGGAAACAUGCUUCCGUCACUAUGCGGAGACUUAACCCAUUUCGGUUCCCUGCCGCUCUCUCAAGACUAAUCGUGGCGCACUUUGCCGGUUGUGCGGCCAGACCUCUUGCUUGCAGGAAGUCAUCUAACAUGGCAGGGUUUCUCCUCAUGCCCAGACUGGAUCCAGAGACCACUACUAGGUCAUCAGCGAAUCCGGUGACUGCAACACUAGUAUGUUUGUUGAUGCGGUAUACGGUUACUUGGCAUAAUGAUGCCAGGUACUCGUCCAUCACUGAACAAAAGAGGAAGGGCGAGAGUGGACAGCCCUGUUUAACUCCUCUAGUGAUGGAGAUGGUCUCUGAGUCUUCUCCGUUGACACAGAUCUAGGUCUCCAAGUCGUCGUAUAAGUCCUGCAUAAUGGCUAGAAUGUGUUGUGGUGUAUCUAGCCUUCGGAGAGCUCUGUUGAAAGAAGAGUGUGAGAUGGUGUCGAAAGCUUUCACAACGUCUAUGAAUGCAAUGUAGACGUUUUUCUUCUCCUUUCGGGCGUGUCUGAUGAUACCUUCCACGAGUGCAAGGUUUUCUCCGCAUCCGUUGACUGCCCGAAACGCCUUUUGGCUAAUGCUGGUCUCCGCAUUUCCGCUCAUCCUGUGUGACAGGAUCUUGCAAUACACCCUAAGGAAGUGCGACCCGAUGGUGAUGGGCCGCCAGUUGGAUGGAUUUCCUAGGGGCGACUUCUUGGGGAGCAUAGUUGUUCUGCUCGUCUUGGUCCAUUGGGGAACCUUUGCUAGGUAUAGCCACACGUUAAAGACCCUGCCCAGAACCCCCGAUCCCAGUCUUCGUAGGGCUUUGGAGUCUAACUCUGGGUUGUCAGGGCCUGCUGCCAUUUCAGGUCCUCGUAGUGCUACCAGAAUGUCGUUUUUAGAGAUUGGCAGGAGAGUGUCUAGCAUUUUGUCAUUGUUUUUGCUGGUGAAUGGUAAGUUGUCGGGGGGGAUGGUGCGGAGAACCUAGGUCUGUACUCGUCAAAUUCUAAGACCGUAGGGGUCUCCCCCUCGAGCUCUACAGCAUCAAUGAUUUUUUUGGCAAGCUCUUUAGGGCUUCGUUGGUAGGCCCUUUGUGUUUGUGCAUACUCCCUCUUCUUCCGCACUCUUCUUGGAAGAUGGUGUUCCCUAGGCUGGUUAUUGGUGGUGUUGCUCCUCCGAGGUUGUCUCCUUCCGGUGAAGAGCCUCGGUCUGUAUUGCCUCAGCGCCGUCUCUAAUCCAUCCAGUGCUGCACCAUAGUCCCCCUCCGUUUGGUCUUCGGGAGCAGGGAUGUUGCACAACGCCUGGUUGAGGUCAGAGACUAGCGUGUUAGCCUCCUCCUCCUCCUCCUCGCUGAGAGCCCCAAGAUACUCCCACAACCUCCUCCUAACCUCGCGCUCGCGCUCCAGUUCUUCUUCAGAAUCGCUGGAGGAGUCGUCUGGGUCUGAGGGGUUGGGGUCAUUCCCUCCUUGGGGGAGGUCUUGGGGGUUUGGGGCCUCUUCGUUGCCUAGGUCAGGGUGCAAAUGUGGCCUCUGUUGGUCGUUGUUAGCGAGGCUUUCUUGUACUUAGUGGUUUUCCUCAUCGCUUUGAGCCGUUCUAGGCUAAUUGAACCUCCCGGAAGACUUUCCAGCAAGAGCUGGUUGAUGAAGGUUGUCUUCCUGCCGGACUGGAGGAGCCGUGCCUCUUCCUCGGCUACUAAUGCGAUCUCUUGAGGUGAGUAGGGUACCCUUUUCUCUGGCUUAAGUGUCCUAUUGUACACUUGGUGAUUCAGUCGAGUGUGCUGGGUGAGGCCCCUUGCACUCGAGAACGUUUUCCCACAGACGUUGCACUGAUGCACCUUAGGGUUGGCACAAGGUGGUGUCUUGCUGCGGUCUUUUGGUGGUGUGGUGCAGCUAACUGUAUUGUCGAAGUCUUGACGACAACUAUUAAUGACACACACGGUGUAAUGUGCUUCACACCGUUUUGGCUCGCUCAAUGCCUUGUGGCAAAUGCUACAUCUGAUGGUCACUGCCAGUUGGUGCUUGGCCUCAACAUGCCUGGUGUACUUAAUGUUGUCGUAGAACACCUUGGUGCAGUAGGCACAGAUGAUUGUUGCUGAGGCGCCGGCCCCAUGGUACACGAUGACUUCAUUCGCCGUUUUGCUAGUAGACAUGUCCAGUUGAUUAAUACUGCUCUGGUUGGGGUGAUCCUUAGCUUCUAUCUGAACAGAAGCCGUGGUGUCUGAAGGACUUAAUGGGCCUCGGGGCUUGCCAGGUAUCACAUCCUUCACCAGAGAUACUCCCCUAGAGAGAGCCCCGUAUGACUGGGGCGUACCCUCUCCGAGAUACUGCCGCUCCCGGGACGGUGGGGGGUCACGUGGUGCCCCUGCAACCCCGGACCCCACCCUACUGGUGUAGGAGUCUCGCACGCUGGCGAAACCCCUACCUUCCUUCUCCUCCAGACACACUCCUUUACCUCUUAACACUCGCCCGAUUCUCGCCUGCCUGUGGAGCUGAAGGCUCCACAGACAGUGGACACGAUUCAGUAGCUGCACUGGACAUCAGUAUACAAACACAAUUCCCUGAAACGCUUAUCUUAUGGAUUAACGGAAAUACCGAAUGGCAGACUACCUUUAAGAGAGGCACACACGUGUGCUGCCACUAUGUAGGUAUUAAAGUACAGUAUACCAUAAAAGAAGUCAUAAAGAAAUAGAAUUGUCAUCUAUAAGUUCCACUUUAAUUUGAUGAAUUAUUUAUGAAGAAACUGGUCUUCCAUUUUACCAAUUUAAUUUAGUACAAUACAGUACAGUACAGUACAGUACACAAUUAUCAGGGAUGAAAAAUUUCUGCAAAAUUGGAGAAUUCCUGGAUUUCCAUUAUUGGCCUCUCAGAAGUUACACACAUACAGAAAUAAGGUUGUUGUUUUUUAUCUCAGAAGAAAUUUCUUACUUUCUUUUAAGUGAACUGUGUAUCAUAGUCAUGUUUUUGAUCAACUGCUUUGUGAUUAUAGAUUUGCUAUAAUGUUCUUGUGUAUAACCAAUCAUUAGUGGGGUGUGUGUGUGUGUGAGACAAUGCUCAUUCCAGUACCCAGUACAGUAUUGUACUGUACUGAACACUUACUCGUAAAACUUUCUAAAUUUGGUCACAAAGGUGUGCUUAUAGUAGUAAAGUUAUAGCAGUGUGUACUAGUCUACAAGUUCAUAUGUUUUGUUUUAAAUUAGUCUUACAAACAAAAAGUCAUAUUAAAGGAAAAAAAAAAUUAUUGUAGAAUUGCUUAACCCUUAACCAGCAGCCAGCAUUAAUGCAUGUUUCGUGUUCCUUGUGUUCCAGUUUUUGCUCACAUGGGGGCACACUAGGGAAUUCUCACAUGCUGUUUAAGGGUUAAAUAGUAAAAGGAAAAAACAAAUAAACAAAAAUAAUUUGUAAAAUGCAAAAACUUAAACUCCAUCUUUUAACUUAGAUUUUCUAGAUGACUAUAGGUACCCCUCGCUAUACAAAUGUUCGCUAUACAAAUAUUCUAUUCUUACACCCUUUUUUCACUAAGCAAAAAUGAUAUUAGCUUUUUCAAAAAACAGUAAGGCUCUCCUCACCCCAUGGUGAGCCCUCACAUAAGAUAAUGUACCAACUGCAUGCACUAUAUUUAGUUCGCAAUUUGUUAGGUACAGUACUAAAAAAAAAAAAUUAUGAAUUUUUUUUUUUCAUGUACAGUACAGUACUAUUAUGUUUUUGUUGUUGUUCAUGAACCAUAUUUUUUGGGGGGGGUAGAAUAAUGCGGGAUUUCUUAUCAUUGGAAACUGAACCCUAAUUUUUCCCCAUCUACAAUACUCGUAUUAAUGUUAUUCAGUAUCUGAAAAAUUGUUAUCCAAAUGGUUCCAGGAACCUAUUCCUUUCAGAUAGCGAGGGAUACCUGUAAUAGAAAAGUCACUGACAAAUCCCAGAAAUUUCUGACCAAAAUACUGUAGGUGCCACAACUUGUGUGUACAUACUGUACAUCAUCUUUUGCUUGAGUGUUUGUGUAUUUUACACCAGACUCUUAUCACUAGUGUAUGGACCCUGCAGUUUCUGAGUUCUUCACUCAAACCAUUUUCAUCCUUGAUAUACAUGUACUGUAUAUGUAUAUAUAAUGCUGUAAACUCACUAGUAAUACUAUAUGUUUCAUAUUUUCAUACUGAGGUAAAUGCCAUUUGUCACCUGCUUACUUUGUGUUUCUGUAACUGAGACCACUUGGCUGCAUCUUCAGGUGAUAAUGACCAAUUAACAUAAUGUGCAGUAUUAAAUUAGUUCUGAAGCAACCUCAAACAAGCUAAAGUACUACAGUAAUAAACUUGGUUGUAAUCCACAUAAUUUUCGGCACAAUAUUUUUCCUUCAUAAGUACAGUACACUUGUUGUGCCUCUGUCUGUUUACAUUUGAGUGAUAAGUGGAUGAUAGAACUGCUGUAAUAAAGCCUUUUUAAAAGUGUGUUAUCAAAUCAUAUAUGUUGUAUCACAAAGACACUAUAAUUAGGUAACUUGUGUAUAGUAUUGUGAUACAGCUACACAAGACUAACGUUUUGUUUGAUAUAGGAGUCGUAUCUGCUGAGGCUCCAUCCAGCUGUACACUUGGAUGUCUUAAGGGUCUUUUAUUUAUUUGGAGUAUUACAAUACCUGUUUCUCUUAAUAAUUCUAAUACCUGUACUGUUUCAGUUGAAUUAAUGAAUACUGUAUGUAUAAAAAUAUAUCUACAUUGGUCAUAUUAUAUCUGAUAUCUAUUCAGGCCAUGUGAUACCUGUCUUGUAUACCGGGUAUUUAAAAAAAAUCCAUUUUGAUAUUCAAUAAUAAAAAUUUUUGGUAUGGGAAGGGAAACAAACUGAUGUGAAACAAAACCAGUCCUAUGUGCUGUCACUUGCCAGUGAUAAAGUCCCAUAUGAUGCUGUGUCACUGCUUUUACCUAUAUGAUUUUAGAAUUGAGUAGAUGUAGUUGGUGGUGUAACCCUGAGGGACCAGCACUACUGGCUCACUCAUUUUAAGUUUACUUCAAUAUUAUAAUGUGCAAUAGAAUUGUACAAGUGUAUCUUCAUAGAAGAAUCAGCAAAUUUUUAAAUGAAGAAACUCGAUGGAUAUGUCAUUUUGUUUUAUAAAUUAUAUUUUGAAAGUGUAAUAUCCAGAAUUACUUUAUAUGAGUUAGAGCAAUCUGUCUGUGUGGUUCUCACCCAUCAUUCUGAAGGGCACUGAAAAAAAAAAUCCUGCGAGUUUUAACUUUCUAAUAGCAAUGUGCCCGACAACACAGUUAAUUACUAAGAGUAUUAGGAAA